AUGUAUGUGAAAUGGUUUGGUACAGUAAUGUUUUACUAUGUGAUUUUAGUGAAUGUCACUUUUUGUCAUUUUCAAAUUCCCCGCUGUUCUGUCCCCCGUACGUCCCGACGUCGCAGGGGACGGAACCCAGAAGACAGAUGCCGGCAUCCGCCGGAGGACAUUUCAGGGGACACUGCAGGAGGGGACAUUGCGGGAGCGCAGGACAAGGUAAGAGAAGAACAGAUCCCGGAGCAGCGCCGCAUGGUAAGCCCGAGUGUAGCUCGGGGUUACCGCUACCACUUGUGCUACACUCGGGAAUACCGCCAGGGAGGCUAC